UUUAUCAGAUUUUCCGAUGAGAGCUAUAAUCUUGGUAGCAAUUUAAAAAAUAGAACGUAUAGAUCCCUAUCCGAUUAUAAAAAAGGUAAGUGUUCAAAUAUUGUAGUGUUAAAAGAAUAUAUACCUAAUCAUAGUGAAUGUGAAGAGAAUGAUAUAUGUAAUAAUAAAAAUGGGGGAAUAUAGAAAAGCGAAAAACCUAAUAAAUCAUUAAAUAAGAAGAAAUUCUAUACACAAGUUACGGGUAACGAUAAGGGAAUGCUAGAUAGAAAAUAUAUCCGUUUUGAAAAAACAUGAGUUAACGAAAAUGAUUAUGAGGUCUUUCAAGAAUAAAAUAGAAAAAUUCAUGAUAUAGAUUUAAAAAAUAUAACACAUAGAAGAUACGCAUUUGGAGUUGCUGUUUUUUUUUUUUUUAUAGGAUGCCCUAUAUUAGAAGGAUUAGGUUACUUGAGAAAUCUACAAACAAUUCUUGUAGGACUGUUAACCAUUAUUCCAUAACUUAAUCCUACUCCAGUAGAAGACUUUAUUUGUUCAAUAUUUUUUGGAAUACUUAUGAUUUUAUUAGUUAUAAUAAUUAUAAUAACGAUAAUUAAGAUCUUAAUAAAUAAUUAAAAAUAUAAAAAAAUUAAGUUGAGGAAUGUACAAAAUGAAUUAUAA